AUGACCGCUGAGAUCCUUCCACCAGAAUUCAUGUUGACUUCAGGCAGCAUGUGGACCCGCAUUAGAGCUCGCAGCAACUACAAGACCCUGAGUUCCACCCCCGACUCUCAAGAUCCCACCGACCUUCUGGACCUCGGCAAGAUAUUUGUGAAGCCAUGGAGCUCCCUUCAGUUCCUGAACCCUGAUGCGUAUGACCUCUAUGGUGAGGACUAUGACGAUGAGGAGGGUCGAUCAUCAGCUCCCCAUCCCUGCCUCCUGGUCUCUCCGUCGAAACAAGUUACUCUGAACAUCAACGUUGGAGGAACGGUCUACCAAAUGCCCUCAAGAUUAGCUGCCAGGUAUCCCCAAACUCGGAUUGGCCGUUUGGCUCUGUGCACUGACCCCAGCGGGAAGAUGGACCUGUGUGACGACUAUAUCGUCCAGAGAAACGAGUUCUUCUUCGACCGCGACCCUGAAGUGUUCCACAGCAUCUUCCACUUCUACAGGACUGGAGUGCUGUGGAUCAAGGAGGAGCUGUGUCCGCGUCACUUCAUGGAGGAGAUCAACUACUGGGGCGUCAGGAUCAAGAACAGCCAGCGCUGCUGUCGCAUCUCCUUCGAGGAGAAGCAGGACGAGCUGGACGAGCAGCUGAAGAUCCAGAGGGAGCUGAUGGCAGAGGUGGAGAAGGAGGAGAACGAGGAGUUGUUUGACAGCAUGAUGUUUGGACCCACUCGGAAGAAAAUCUGGAAUUUGAUGGAGAAGCCCUUUUCCUCCAUCCCCGCCAAACUGAUGGCUGUCGCGUCCUCCAUCUUUGUUCUGGUCUCUUUGGUGGCCAUGACGCUCAACACUGUGGAGGAGAUGCAGUACAAGUCCGCAGCAGGCGAGCCCAGCGGAAAGUUCUACGGCGAACACGUGGAGAUGUUCUGCAUUCUGUUCUUCACCCUGGAGUACCUGCUGCGCCUCGUCUCCACGCCGGAACUCAAGUCUUUUGGACAGAGCGUUCUGAACACUGUGGACCUGAUCGCCAUCCUGCCGCACUACCUGCAGAUGGUGCUGGAGCACUUUGAUGAAGAGGACGUGCGCCGUCAUUCCGGGGACAUCGAGACAGUGGCCAGCGUUGGGAAGGUGGGCCAGGUUCUGAAGAUCAUGCGUCUGAUGAGAAUCUUCAGGAUUUUAAAGCUGGCUCGACACUCGACUGGACUCCGAGCCUUCGGCUUCACGCUGAGACAGUGCUACCAGCAGGUGGGCUGUCUGCUGCUCUUCAUCAGCAUGGGGAUCUUCAUGUUCUCUGCUAUGGUCUACACUGUGGAACAUGAUGUGGACAACACCAACUUCACCUCCAUGCCCCACGCUUGGUGGUGGGCUGCUGUCAGCAUCUCCACUGUGGGCUACGGCGACGUUUUACCAGAAACCAAUCUGGGACGCAUCUUUGCCUCUGCCUGCAUCUCCUUUGGAAUCAUCCUCAACGGCAUGCCGAUCUCCGUCCUCUACAACAAGUUCUCCGACUACUACGCCAAACUGAAGGCUCAAGAGUACACGGCCGUCACAAAAGCUCGGGGGAACCUGCACUUCACGCGCAGGGCGACCAAGAAGAUCGCGACGUGUAAAAGAUUCAUGUAGCGUUGCUGGAUUCACCAGGUGCUUCUCCUGAAAUGUCAACAUAAAACAUGCUGACUGCACUUGUACCACUUUUUUUCCUUGGAGACUUCAAAGCUGUAUUCACUGUUGAUUUCCUCUGAGAGCCAUUCAACAUCAACCAUCACUUGGAGUCAUUUUCCUUUGACUGACUGGACAUGAAUUACACCAUCAGAGCUGUCUCCAGGUCGAUAUAUACAGUAUAUUGAAUACGAUGAGUCCUGAAGGUGAAAAAUGGCACAAAGAACUGAAAAUGAACGGGGUGAAGAUAAACUUUUGUCCCCAUCAGUUUAGAAACAUUUAAUUGAUAAAAAAAAAAAAAAAAAAAAAAUCAAGUUACAAACUUGAAACAUUCAGAAAAUUAAAG